CGCCCACAUUUCAAAUUCCUGAAGGAAGAAGAAUACAGCUGCUGUAGCUCCUAUAUGCAUUUUGCAUUAAUCUUUUCCGCAUGUUUUAAAAGCAAUCAAAACGUGUUGCUUAAUUGGAUUAGCCCACCUGAGAGCCCCGACUGGAGGGAACAGAUUGAGAUCCUCUCCUCUCCAGCAGCAUCAGUUGACCAUGGACAGCGAGGGCAGAAAGGUUGUCGUCUGUGACAAUGGCACAGGGUUUGUCAAGUGUGGCUUCGCUGGCUCCAACUUCCCAGAGCAUAUCUUCCCUGCCUUGGUGGGUCGGCCCAUCAUCCGGUCAAACACCAAAGUUGGAAACAUUGAGAUUAAGGACCUGAUGGUGGGUGACGAGGCCAGUGAGUGUCGCUCCAUGCUGGAGGUGUCCUACCCCAUGGACAACGGCAUGGUGCGCUCCUGGGAAGACAUGCUUCACCUGUGGGACUACACCUUCGGCCCCGAGCGCCUGGACAUCAGCCCCCCAGACUGCAAGGUGCUUCUGACAGAACCGCCCAUGAACCCCACUAAGAACCGCGAGAAGAUCGCUGAGGUCAUGUUUGAGACCUACCAGUUCCACGGCAUCUACGUGGCCAUCCAGGCCGUGCUCACACUCUAUGCCCAGGGUUUGUUGACAGGCGUGGUUGUGGAUUCGGGGGACGGGGUGACACAUAUAUGUCCUGUGUACGAGGGCUACUCUCUACCCCACCUCACACGCAGGCUGGACAUCGCAGGACGUGACAUCACGCGCUACCUCAUCAAGUUGCUGUUGCUGCGUGGUUAUGCCUUUAACCACUCGGCUGACUUUGAGACGGUCCGCAUGCUGAAGGAGAAGCUGUGCUACGUGGGAUACAACAUCGAGCAGGAGCAGAAACUGGCUACAGAGACCACCGUGCUGGUGGAGUCGUACAUGCUGCCUGACGGUCGACAGGUGAUGGUGGGAGGGGAGCGGUUCGGAGCUCCAGAGGCCCUCUUCCAGCCCCACCUCAUCAACGUAGAGGGUGCAGGRGUGGCUGAGCUGCUGUUCAACACCAUCCAGGCUGCUGACAUAGAUCUCAGGUCUGACUUGUACAAGCACAUUGUUCUGUCAGGAGGCACCACUAUGUACCCCGGCCUUCCCUCCAGACUGGAGAGAGAGAUCAAACAGCUGUACCUGGAGAAGGUGCUGCAGGGGGACACUGAGAAACUCUCUAAGUUUAAGAUCCGCUAUUGAGGACCCCCAAGCCGUAAACAUAUGGUGUUAUGGGUGGAGCGUGCUGGCCAACAUCAUGAAGGACAAGGAGUCCUUCUGGCUGAGCCGGGCCUGACUACCUGGAGAAAAGGCCUGAGGGUUCUGGACAAACUGGGGUGUGGCGUGAAGUAGAGGUGAAAUAGAGGUGGUUAGCUAGGGUCUCUCUCUCUCUCUCUCUCUCUCUCUCUCUCCUCUCUCUCAUCACACACACACACACACACACACACACACACA